AUGCCUCUCUCCGAUUUCCUGGCGUGGACUGCGCCGACAUCCUUUCGAUUAAGAGAAGCAGCAUCAUCGCUAGUCGGACGAGAUCAGGUCGUCCUGAUGAAUGACAACGUCAACAGUCUCAACGAUCACUCGGGCCACCCAGACUUUGGACAUCUGACGCUGCUGGUCUUUUCCGCUGUCCUCGAAGUGGUCUGUGUCAGUCUGCCUGGCUACAUCAUCGCCCGAAGUGGCAUGUUCGAUGCUGAAGCACAGAAAUUCCUGGCCAACCUCAACGUCAACGUGUUUACGCCAUGUCUGGUCUUCACAAAGCUGGCGUCACAGCUAUCAGCCGACAAACUCGCCGACCUUGCCAUUAUCCCCGUCAUAUUCGCCGUACAAACGAUCGUAUCCUACGUGUGCGCGAUCGUGAUGGGCAAGAUGCUGAGAUUCAAGAAGCGACAACAGAAUUUCCUGAUCGCUAUGGGCGUCUUUGGCAAUUCAAACUCUCUUCCCAUAUCAUUGGUUAUAUCACUAUCGAAAACGUUGAAAGGUCUACAUUGGGACAAGAUUCCGGGUGACAAUGAUGAUGAGGUUGCAGCAAGAGGCAUUCUGUACCUACUUAUCUUCCAACAGCUGGGUCAACUGGUUCGAUGGAGCUGGGGCUACAACGUAUUGCUAGCGCCGCCAGAAGCAUACACUGAAGCAGAAGGUGGCACGAAAGACAGUGUCGAGGCGGGCUUCAGGGAUGAGGAUGGUACCGAUGAUGAACACCGGCGUCUGCUCGCGGAUGAUCGCGAUAGUGUUGACAGUGACGACCUCACACAGACAUCAUCCCCGACUCUGGUUUCGAACGGUGUGAAGACGCCGACCACGCCUUAUACCAAGUCCGGUCUCACUUCUCGCAACGUGUCGAACUCUCAGCUGGCUGACAAUGCUGAUGUGAGUGCUACUCCGGCAAACGGCAACAUCGCUCCGACUGGUUAUGGAGAGACUUCUUAUGAACCAUUCGAAUCUAAGCGCUACGAUGAGGAGGCCUCUGGCUUGAAAGGGUCUUUCAACUUCGUUCGGAACCUGAUCAGAGGCGCCACACUCUCCGUCAAGAGAUCGGUCUCGAGCAGCGCCUCGAAGGGCGCCACGAAAGCUUUCCGUGCACUACCGCUUCCUCUUCAGAAAGGCUUAUCGACCGCCGGAAGAGGAAUCAUGCGUUUCCUGCGGGGACUUCGGGACUUCAUGAAUCCCCCACUCUACGCUAUGGUCAUUGCGAUCAUUGUGGCAUCUAUCCCUCCGUUGCAAGAUGCCUUCUUUCACAAAGGCACAUUCUUGCGAAAUUCAGUCACUCGUGCAAUCGAGCAGAGUGGUGGUGUGGCCGUGCCGCUCAUUCUCGUCGUGCUUGGUGCCAACUUAGCCCGGAACACGCUACCCAAAGAUCCUAGCAGUAUCAUUGCAGAUCCCACAGUCGAGCGAAAGCUGCUUAUCGCGUCAAUGGUGUCACGCAUGCUGAUACCGACACUUGUCAUGGCACCAAUGAUCGCACUUAUGGCCAAGUACGUGCCUAUAAGCAUCGUCGACGACAAGAUCUUCGUCAUCGUGUGCUUCCUCCUCAGUGGUGCGCCCACUGCCCUGCAGCUGGCCCAGAUCUGUCAAAUCAACAAUGUCUACAUGCCGGUCAUGGCAAAGAUUUUGUUCCAGAGCUAUGUUGUCUGGAUUCUGCCAUCGACCUUGCUGCUGGUAAUGCUUGCAUUGGAGACGGUGGAAUGGGCGACACAGGGAACUUAG